ACAUGCGCUUCCGUGACUGGAGAAAGACUUUCUGUCAGGCAUAACAACACCCCACCUGCCCGUACAUCUCAAUUGGGAAAAAAAAACUAGACAUUGCUGAUGGAGACGACAGUUGUUCAAAGGGAAUCUUUCUUCAAUGACAGCUGCUGGAGAGUUCAAAGUUUUGACUUGACUUCCUGACAGUGGAUCAUCAGGAUUCAGUAAAGGAAAUUCGCCACGAACUAGCUGCUUUUGAAUUGUCCAGCAACAUUAGAUGACAGCUCAGUGAAUCUCAGACGGCUGGUGUUUUUGCUGAUGUGCCCAGAAAAUUAUCUUAAACAAUAAGCAACAGCUUCUACUAUAAAGUGGCACAGCCAUGGGCUUCUGUUUAUCUGCCUGCAAGAUUUUGUGGAGAACAAAGUACUGUGUGCUGCCCGUUCUCUCACUGUUGGUCCUCGCAUGGAUAGCCACCUUUCCAGGUGAAACUGUGAGAUCAGUCUUAGUUUCUUCUGCCACGACACAAACUCUUGUUAAAGGAGACGGUCUGGGGGAUAAACUCCAUUCAACGACAGGAGCGCGUGAUGACCUAAAUAAUCCACCACAAAAGGUCGAUUGCCCCAAGGUCUCUCCUCUGCUGCAGGGAGCCAAGAACCUGUCCUUUGAUUCCUCUCUGACUCUGAACGAUGUGGUGACUGAAAAUGAAAAAGUGAGAGAGGGCGAGUACGAGCCCCCGGACUGUGCAGCGAGGCAGAGCGUGGCGAUCCUCAUCCCAUUUCGCAAGCGGGAAAGACAUCUCGUCUACUUCCUGCAUCACUUGCACCCAUUUCUGCAGAGGCAGCAACUACACUACGCCAUUUAUGUCAUCAAUCAGGCUGGCAAUGUAACCUUUAACCGCGCCAAGUUACUAAACGUUGGAUACUUGGAGGCGUUGAAGGACUACAGUUGGGACUGCUUCAUACUCCAUGAUGUGGACCUUAUUCCAGAAAAUGAUCAUAACUUGUACGUCUGCGAGGACCAGCCCAAACACUUGAUGCUUGCCCGGAACUCAUCAAGAUAUAAGUUGAUGUCCCCAGGUAACUUUGGAGGAGUCACAGCUUUGACCAGAGAACAGUUUUUUCAAGUGAACGGAUUCUCCAACUCAUACUGGGGUUGGGGCUGCGAGGAUGAUGAGCUUUAUGUCAGAGUUAAGCUGCAAAAGAUGACGAUUGUGCGGCCUCCUGAAGAUGUAGCCCGAUAUACCAUGCUGUUUCAUACCCGGGAUAAGGGCAAUGAAAUUAACGAAGACAGGGGAAAGCUGUUAAGGCAAACACCGCAGAUUUGGAGGAAGGAUGGACUGAACAGCUGCUCCUAUAAGACUCUGUCAAUAGACAGACUUCCUCUUUAUGUGAACGUUACUGUGGACAUUGGUAAACCGUAGAGUUCACAUCUGAAACUGAAAAAUCUUGCUGUGGCCAAAAAAACCUCAGUUCCACAUACAAAGUCAAGUUCUUUCCACUGAGUUCAGAAAAAGGUACAAAACCUGUGCUAAUAUGUUAAUACAGAUGGAAACCGGAGGAAACCCCCACACACAGGAAGAACAUGCAAACUCCACUGUUACGACUGUGGUCGUCUGUUGUGUGUGUGUGUGUGUGUGUGUGUGUGUGUGUGUGUGUGUGUGUGUAUCUGCGUAGUUUUUCCUUGCUGUGUCUGUAUUCUGUUUCCCACCAUUUCUGCAUGGAAAUGGCUCUGUGCCGUACCAGAGAGGGGACUGGCUGAUUGGGAGGAGACCGAGGACUGCUGGCAUUACCAGAUGCCAGAGACUCAGAGGGGUGGGCCAUCCUUUACUGCAUGCAAGCAGCUACAACUGCACAGUGCAGAGCUCUGUGUGUCUUUGGAUUAGAGAGUGAGAUAUUGGAGUUUGUUGUUACCUUUGGGUUUAAUUGUUUUCUCAUAUUUAUGUUAGUCAGGGAGGCCAGACUGUGUGAUUCUGUUCUUGUUUUUUUUUUUGCUAGGUAAGUUUUGGGCACGUAAGAAUAGUGUGGAUUUUUGGGUUGUUUAGUUUCACUCACUUUCACUUUAAUUGCUCCUUGUUUAAUCAUUUAUAUUGUAAAUAAAAUAUUCCCUUUGUUAUCUUUCAAAACGUUUUGGUG